ACUGAAAUUUUAGUAGUCGUUUCGUUGCUCAACGCAGUUUGACACGACUUUAACUCUGAGUUCUCUCAAUACGUAUAAUGUAGUGAAUAAAAAAAAACGCAAUUAUUUGAUCGCCAAAGUGUGAUCCCAGUCUAAUUUAUCUUUACGUUUUUAAAAUCAACGGAACGUAAUUGUAAAAUUCAAGUAUUACAGGUUAGGUUGUUCAGCGGAAAUGGAGUCAAUGGAUGCUCGUCUCGUAGCGCAAGCCUUAAACUACCAUGGUCAACAGUUGCAGAAAGUUUGGGAAAGCGAGCGCAACGAUAAUGAGCUUGUAAUGCUUAACCUCAAAGAACCGAGUUUUGAAAUUUAUCAACAGAGACAAAAAACUCUCAGCUUUAGUGACAGAGGAAAGAGGCUUAAACUUCAACAGUUUAUUGCUAAAAAGGCGGACUCACUUUAUGAUAAAACAAACUUAGAAACUACUGCUGAGCCAAUAAAGCAACAACUUGGUGAUGAAGAGUUUUAUGCGACUAUGCCAGGACUUGACUCGUUCGUCACAAUGGAAAAAUCACAACGUAUUCGCAACUUUCUAGAGAGUUUGGUUGUGGGAGAUGUUAUUUAUGCCCAGGUAAUGGGAAAAAGUGCUGCUGGACUUCUUCUAAAGAUUCUUUGCAACUGUAGUGAUUGUCCAAGAGUAGUUCCUGAUCUUGGUGUUAAGGCCUUGAUUUUGAAUACGGCCACAGUGCCGGCGGUGGACAAGAAAGGUGUGACACGAGGGUACAUGGCCAAUGAUCUGGUGUGCGUCUGUGUGAGUGAAGUAAACGUUGAAGCUGAACGUGUAGUUGCAGUCAUGAACGUUACCCCUCGCGAGGGUCAGGCUCCACACCCACCUAUGGGUCUUAUCCAUACCGAUGACCUUCCCGAUGCUUACAAGAAAGCAAUGGACAACAAAGGGCAGAGUUUUGAAUCAAUCAUGGAUAAUAGCUCUGGAUUCAACAAUCCCAACAACAUUAAAUACCUUUGCGACUUGAUGUCAUUGGGUCAAGAAAAUUAUUCGAACAUGGUUGGCCUUAGGGAGAAAUUUACGCCAAAUGAAUAUGGAAGCGAACUGAGACAAGCGCAAGCAAGUAAAUGGGCUUUCCGCAGUGUCGCGGAGGGAAUUGAUCAUUUUAAAGCGGGAAGACACUCUGAAGCUUUCCAAUGUCUCAAUAAAGCGUUGGUGGUUGAUCCACGAAACGUUGAAGGAUUGGUGGCUCGUGGUGCCUUAUAUGCGAAUAGUGGAAGUUUCAAGAAAGCAAUUGACGAUUUUGAAACAGCACUGAAAUUAAAUCAAACGCAUGCAAAUGCUCGUAAAUAUAUGGCUGAGACACUUGUUGCAUUGGGUCGUAGUUUUGAGGAUGAGAAAAAGUUUGAUGAUGCUCAAAAAGCCUAUGAAAAUUGUUUAGCAAUUGCCCCCUAUCAUGAGGAAGCAAGAAAUUCAAUCGAAUACAUUAAAAAGAGAACACUUGGUUCUGGCGCAUUAAAUCCUUUAGAGACAUUCAAAUCAUUUGAAGCUGAAAAUGAAAUUCCCGAUGGUAAGAAAGAAAAGAAGAAACGCAAAAAAGAAAGGAAAUCUAGAUCCAAAAAAAGACAGAGAUGGAGUUCAAGUUCAAGUUCUUCGUCAAGUGGUUCUUCAAGUUCAUCGAGUUCAGAUUCAAGCAGUUCUUCCUCAUCUGGUAGUUCAGCUUCAAGAUCACCAUCUCAUAAAAAGAAGCAUAAGAAAGAUCGUGGUUCAUUAUCGCCAUUGAGUAAACGAAUGGCUCAAUAUAAUAAUCCACCAGCGGCGAGUACUUCGUUACAUGAAUUAGUCGCACCAAUUACAACUGGAUCGCGAAGUGGAUUAGAUGGAUAUGAAAUGAAAAUACGCAAUUUUCUUGUUCAAACAAAGGACGAUUCUGAUUAUGAAGAAAAGGUAAGGAAAUUCCUAGCCGAAACUGACAGAUGGAAGACAGAAAGAGGAAGAGAGAAGAAGCAUUCAGAGAGUGAAAAGUCAAAGAAAAAGAAAAAGAAGGAAAAGAAAACUAAAGAUAAAGAUAAGGAGGAGAAAAAGAAUCGUAAAAAGAAGAAGAAGGAGGAGCGUAAGAAACGUAAGAGCAGCAAAGAUAAAAUGGAAAGAGAUUUAGAAGUUUUGAAAAAGUCUUCCUUGCCAGAUCUGGAACAAUUGGAGUCUAAGCUUAGUGCUUAUUAUGCUAAAGUUGAGAAGGAGACGGCAGUUUUAAAGAGGUACGUAGCACACUUUAAUGACAUGCCUUCCCCUCUUAGCAACGCAGAAAAGCUUGCUGAAAGUUCUCGAAGAGAAGAAGAAUUUCGACGAGAACGCGAAAGGGAAAGAGAAGAAUCAGUCAAAGCCUAUCACGAAAGAGAGUCCCGUGUGCCAUUAACGUCCCAACAGCGAAAAGGUAACACUUUUUCAGAAAUUCAACGAAAACCACUUAAUGACAUCUUUGAACAAGAAUCACAGUUAAUUCAUCCAGAGCCAAAGAUGCCUUCCUUGGACACAGCAGCUUUGAAUGCAAAAUGGAAAGCUGCUCAAGCUGCUAGGCAAAAAGAAGUGCAUAUGCAGAAAUGGCAGGAUUCGUCAGAGAAGAAAAUGCGAGUUGAUAGCGAUGAGGACGGUGAUAAUGAGAUGGAGGAGAAACUUCAGCGGCAAGCAUUAGAAAAAUUGAAUAUUCGAAAACAACAACGUGAGCUCGCUGAGAAAAGAGCAUCACAAUCACAAAUACCAUCGCCACCAAUGCCAAAAGAGCCACCACCCAAGACACCUGUAAAAUAUCCUUCACAACAAAUGCAAAAUAAAUUCCAGUCCUUGGGUACUCCUCAAAGUAACGCAAACAAAUCAUCCAACAAUCUCGGUGGUAAAUUCCAACCCAUCGGUCAAGGUAGUAACAGUAACCAACCGCCAGAGCCUCCAAGCAAACCCCCUGGAAGUAAGUCUCACAGUGCCUCGAAAGGUCCUUUGACUGAUUCCGAAAGUGACUCCGAACGAAGAGGAUCGCCCAGGAAGCGUGACUCAAGUGGAAGAACAGUGCCAAGAAGAAUGAGUCGCGAUCGACCGCCAAAACGAUCCAGAAGUCGAUCACGAUCUGGCUCCAGCAGUGGAUCGUCCAGAUCACGAUCGGGCCGACGCUCCAGAUCAAGAUCCUAUUCAAACAGAUCAAGAAGAUCGGGAAGCUACGAGAGAAAGUACAGUCGCUCACCUUCCGGCACAUACAGUCGAUCGCGAUCACGAUCACGUUCACGAUCCUAUUCCAGAAGUCGCAGUCGCAGCCGAUCCGGCGAACGCAGGUACUACCGCAACAGACAAUUCCGACCCUAUAACAACAAUCGUGGAACUUACUACAAACCAAGAUUCCAAAAUUACAACAACCAAAACCAUCGCGGUGGUCAAAACUUCCAAAACAGAAAUCGCUUCUACAACAAUCAACAGAAUAAUCGCUACAAUAAUAAUCGACGAGGUUUCCAACACAGAUACAAUAAUUACAAUAACCAAAAUAAUCGCGGUCGAGGUGGACAAAAUAAUAAUCGUGGUGGUCGAUACUUUCACAAUAAUAGACAAGGUUUCCGAGAUUUCCGCGACAGACGAGACUUCCGCGAUCGUCGCGCCUACUCACGGGACAAAUACAGCGACAGAAGCUUCUCACCCGAUCCAAUGAGAAAAGUCGACGAAGCAAAGGAGAAGAUCAAUAAGAUUCUCGAGAGUGGAGACGACACUGCAAAUCGCCAAUCAACUGGACCACAGCAACCACCACCACCACAACAACAACAACAGCAACAACAACAACAACCUCCGCCACCCAACAAGAGGCAGGAAGGCCCUCUCAGCGAAGGCGAAGAACGCGACGACGAUGACUACGAGAGGUGGGGCGAGACCGAGGCGGCCGACACUACAAACAAGAGCGAGGAGGCUGUACCUGGUGAGGAAAAUCUGGAAGGCAAGGAUACUUUUAUUGAACGCAUGAAGCAGAGAAGCAAGAACGUUUUAAUUCAGAGAGCCAUCGCAGCAAAGAUUUGGUGAUUCGUUUCACUAUCAUCACAUAAAACUUGUUUAUCGCUCUGAAGCUGCCAAUUAUUGGUACGUUUUUUCUCUGUUCUCAGUUUACAAAGACCGUUAAUUUCAGUGUCUAUUUUUGCACUCCUACGGCCAAGAAAGAUUCGCGAUAAUCUUUUCAAAUUUUUUUAAAAAUAUAUUUAAGUUGAAAAUUUUCGAAUUUUCUCUCGUUUUUGAAAAUAAUUGUUUCGUUAACAAUAUAAAGAAAAAAAUUCUGUAUGCAUAAUUGUAUAGUACCAUUUUAGAUAUUAGAUAUAUCUUUCUGGGAAUUCAUAUCGUCGUCACCUAUAAUUGAUUUAUUGAAACAAUGGGAGAUAUUUUCUAUAUUUUUUUCUAUAUUUUACUUUUUAAAGUUGUUUUUUUUUGCUUUUUUUAAUUGUUGUAAUUUCAAAAAAUACGCGCUGUUAUCCUUGCGUGUGGCUUAUCGAAUUUAUCCUCAUCAUAGAAUUACGAGAGUAAUUCUAUAAGUAAAAAAAAUAAAAAACAACAAUUAAUAAAAUUAUACUUUUGUCUUCAAUCUUUAUAGUGUGCAAAAAAGGAAUUUUUUGCAAAUUACUUAUUUUUUGAGAUAAUUGAGAAACUAAAAAUGUGUACAAUAUUUUUAAAAAUAGACGUGUACAAAAAAAAAAAUUAUGUUCGAUUAUAAAAGUGAAAAUUUGUCGAAUUUAAAAGAAGGAAAUCUUACUAGCUGACACGUUUAAUAAUUUAAGAUUUCUAUUAAUUAUUGAUGCUUCUUUUACAAAAA